UCACAGUAACAAUCUGAUCUGUGCUCUUAUCCUCUUCAGCCCAACCUUCCUAUCCCAAAGUAUAUUGCAAUGGACGUAAUUUCUCAGAGAUCUUCGUCUUCAACUUUGAAUCCCAACGCUCCGUCGUUCGUACCUUUGGCUUAUCGGGCGGUGGAGGACUUCUCUGAGCAGUGGUGGGCCCUGGUCCAGUCCUCCCCUUGGUUCCGCGACUACUGGCUCGAAGAGCGCUUCCAGGAUCCCCAAAAUGAUCCUCACCAUCCCGAUAUUGACGACCUUGACCUCCCCGACAUAGAUGCCCUCUUCGACGACUACAGCGUAGAAGACAAGCGUGAUCAGGAUGAAGAGGAAGACUAUUGCAGGGAUUUGAUUUCAAUGGGGGCGUUGAAAUGGCGGAAAGCGCGAGCUUUAGCUGAAGUGCCGAGGUAUAUAGAGAAGGCCCCCAAGAUUGUCAAUGUGAAAACGAGUCCGCGAAACAUUCAGCAACCAAGAUAGACUGACUCACUGAGUCGUAUGUAUGGUCUCUGGUACGAUGGUAACGAUCGAGGUGAGUAGUUAAGGUAACAGGAUCCAUGGCAUCACAAAAAUGUAGAGAAUCAACGGUACAUCUCAUCUCCCUCCCAAGUGCUUGCGGACUUGCCAAUCUUUUGAAGAACUCGGAUGACUUCUUCCGUCGUCACGUUACCCGUCACCGUGACCUUGUUGAGCUGCGUAUCGACGUUGUAUGUUUCAAUAUCUGCUACCCAAAAAGACCAAUCACGUGUAAAUAUUGUUUAUCGAAAGAAUAGAAAAAGAUAUUACGCAAGGUAUAUAUAUGUAUGAGAAAUUUAUACCGUCCAUCUUCUUGAUGGCCUUCAA